CUUUUCAAGUGCCAAUUUAUCAAAUACGGGUCGGGGUUAAGCAUGCCUAAACACUUUAUGUCUCGAUCAAGAGAUUAAAGCUAGCUAAAGAGUUGGGUUAUCUUUCACUAGUUAGGCUAUUGUUUAAAGAAGCACUAUUACAGCGGAUACAGUUUAAAAACUUGAACCUUUGGUUCUCAGCUACCCAAUGGCGCGUGCCUACAGCACCUUCCCUUUCCUGGGGCGCCCAAAAAUUGCAUUCACAUCACCAACCAUUCGAAAACUCCGAGCAUACCCAAUUCUCGCAUCUCGUAUUGCCACUGCAAUUCCAUCGAAACGCAUCAUAAUAAAUAGAAAAAACCACUUACGCCCUAAAAUCCUAAAAACCCUAACUAAACCUCUUCCUCAAUUAGGCCCAACAACAGAACUCAUUCUUCCCGUUCCCGUUCCCGUUCCCGUUCCCAUUCCCAUUCAACUCCUACCCGAAAAUGACACCGUUGUUGAUUCUCCUAAUGAAAUUCCAGGCGAAAUUCUCGAAGAAAUUGACGAUUCUGAAGAAUUUCGUGUUUCGGAGAUCGUUGCCGGAGAAAAAAGGAGCACUUUUGGUAGAAUUUCUGCAAAGUCUGUUUUGAAAUUUUGUGGUUGGUUAGUUGGGGUUUAUUUGCUGCAAGCAAUUUUGACGGUUUGGGUGCUUGGGAAUAACAAUAACCAAGAGAGAUUUGAUAGUUUAGGUGGUAAAAGUAAUAAUGCUUUUAUGAAUGGGAACAAUGUGGUGGCGGGUUUUGACGAAAGUGAAAUGGAUGAGAGGAUUAGUGUAAUUAGGGCAAUGGCGAGAAAGGUAAGAGAAAAAGAAAAAGUGAAGAGAAAGGAAGGAAAUGAUGAAGAGAGUGAAAUUGAAAAAGAGAUUGGUGCAAGAUUGGUUAAGUUAGAAAAAAGACUGAAUUCCAAGAGAGAAAAGUUGUUGCCUGAUUCAUUUAUGAAUUAUUUGGGGUUUUCUGAUAAUAAUGAAGAAGAAGGAGGAGGAGGAGAUGGAGAUGGUCAAAAUGGUAUGGAGGUGAAUGAUAUUGAUAUGAAAUCAUUGAUGUUUAAGAAAAAGUUUAAAUUCAAAAGUCCUUCGAUGAAUUCCAGGAGUAGUCCAAAGGGGUUCUCGGGUUUGAGGGAUAGUGGAGUUUCGAGUACUGUUAAUGGAAGUGCUUCGAAUGGUAAAUCAGGAGAAAGUGAUUUUGGAAGUACGAAGUUAGAAAAGGAAAAAGAGGAUUCACAAAGGGACAUGGGGUCAGGUGCUGUCCAGAAGAUCAGUGAAGGAAGCUCGUCAACUGAAGUAACAGAGGCGUCAACAUCACAAGAUGUGGAGAAACUAAGAAGCUUAACAAAAGGAAACCGGAGAACUACUAAAAAAUUUCUUGGGCCUGGUUCAUCCAGCGUAAAUGACAGUAGAGAACCUGGAAAGAGACCAGUACCAAACAAAGUGGCGGGUAAACAAUCAGCUAUGCAGGAAAAUUUCUGGUGGUUGAAUCUUCCUUAUGUUCUAGUCAUCCUAAUGCGGAGAGGCUCAGAAGUUGAAGGACCAGGACUUUAUGCAUUAAGAACACUUUCUCAGCCAGAUGACCAUGUGGAUUCCUACACUGUUGCUUUUGAGGACCGUGGUGAUGCCAAUAACUUUUGUCAUUUACUCGAAUUCUACUUUGAAGGUUUAGGGGAUUUCAGUGCUGACAUCGUUCCACUGUCAGUAAAAGAACUUUACGAGGGAGUGAAAUCUGGAUCCAAGAAGGUAAUUGUUGUGAAGAAGGGACAGCUUAAACUUUAUGCUGGUCAACCAUUUGGUGAGGUUGAGAUGGCUUUGUUCUCUUUGCUUGAGUAAGGUCAAGGCACUUCACGAGCCAGUGAAACCGUGAUUCGAGGAGGCAAUUCUUGUGGAGAAGAGCAACUUAAGCUUUAAUGGUGAACCCAUUUUAUGAGGUUCUCUUGGUUUGAACAAGAUCAAAGUGGAAAUCAAAGAGUUCAAACAUAGAUUCUUCUUCUACGCUCUGGAGUUUCGAACUCCAUGACACAUGAGAAUGCUCUGGAGUUUCGAACCCCAUGUACAAAUAUAUGAAUCUUCUCUUGAGUCUCUAAACAUAUUUUUGAUAGGAAUUUCUGA